AGAAAAAAAAAAAAGAAAAUAUAAGCGUUUCAGACUGAUUUCUUGUUAAUCUCUCUCCUCUCUCUCUCAGAGAAUGUGAAGUGGAUUGAAAAUGGGGUUUGCUUUUCAUGGAGGGGCAUCGCUUCCAAGGCAAGCAAGAAAAGACUAAAAACCCUAAAAGCUGGAUUGACUGACUGACUGACUAUGUUCUUCGCUCUCUCUCUUUAUAAUGAUCAAUUUCUUGUCAAAAUUAUCGGUUUUCUGGAGAAUGCCGUACUGAUUUAUCCGAGGUGAUGAUGAUUCUUCUUUGAUUAGGUGGAACAGAGUUUGCAUUCGUCAGGUUUUAGUGCAGAGCAAAAUUUGAGCUGCAUGGCGUCGAGGCAAGGCUCUAAAUCCAAGAAAUCGACUUUGAGUGUAAAUAAAGCUGUCAAUUCUCCUUCUUCUUCUACUACUUCUUCUUCCAGACAGUUUCUCGAGACCUCGCUUGAAGGUCAGAGUUCUCCUGCUUCCUCAACGUCUCGAAGUAAACGGCAGUAUUUCUACUCCGAGAGUGUGCCACUGGAUGUUGAGAGAUCCAAAGAGAAUGUUACAGUCACGGUCCGGUUUCGUCCUCUCAACCCGAGGGAGAUUCGUCAAGGAGAGGAGGUUGCAUGGUAUGCUGAUGGAGAAACUAUUGUGCGGAAUGAACACAAUCCUUCGAUCGCAUAUGCAUAUGAUAGAGUAUUUGGCCCUACAACCACAACUAGGCAUAUUUAUGAUGUGGCGGCACAACAUGUUGUUAGCGGUGCCAUGGAGGGCAUCAAUGGCACAAUUUUUGCAUAUGGUGUGACCAGCAGUGGCAAGACUCAUACAAUGCAUGGUGAUCAAAGGUCUCCUGGAAUCAUACCAUUGGCUGUGAAGGAUGCAUUUAGUAUCAUUCAAGAGACUCCAAAUAGGGAAUUUCUUCUUCGUGUCUCAUAUUUGGAGAUUUACAAUGAGGUUGUUAAUGACUUGUUGAAUCCAGCAGGGCAGAACCUAAGAAUAAGAGAGGACCUUCAGGGAACCUACGUUGAAGGGAUAAAGGAAGAAGUUGUAUUAUCCCCUGCACAUGCCCUGUCACUUAUAGCAGCUGGCGAAGAGCAUAGACAUGUGGGAUCCACGAAUUUUAAUUUAUUCAGCAGCAGAAGCCAUACUAUAUUCACACUGACAAUAGAGAGUAGCCCGUGUGGUGAAAACAGUGAAGGGGAAGCAGUAAGCUUGUCACAAUUGAACCUCAUCGAUCUGGCAGGUUCUGAGAGUUCCAGGGCUGAAACUACUGGUGUGCGGAGAAAAGAAGGAUCAUACAUCAAUAAAAGCUUGCUGACACUAGGAACUGUGAUAUCAAAAUUAACAGAUGGAAAGGCCACUCAUAUACCUUAUAGGGAUUCUAAACUUACAAGGCUCCUUCAGUCAUCUUUAAGUGGUCAUGGGCGUGUAUCUCUUAUUUGCACUGUUACUCCUUCAUCAAGUAAUUCAGAAGAAACACAUAACACAUUGAAGUUUGCCCAUCGUGCAAAACACAUUGAAAUUCAAGCAUCACAAAACAAGAUAAUUGAUGAGAAAUCACUCAUCAAGAAAUACCAAAACGAGAUUCGUUGUUUAAAGGAAGAGUUGGAGCAACUAAAAAGGGGUAUCAUUACUGUACCACCAUUGAAAGAUGUCAAGGAUGAUGAUAUUGUGCUUCUUAGACAGCAGUUAGAAGAUGAUCAAGUCAAGCUGCAAUCAAGAUUGGAGCAAGAAGAAGAAGCUAAAGCUGCUCUCUUAAGUAGGAUACAGCGUUUGACAAAAUUAAUUUUAGUUUCCACAAAGGCUACACAAUCUUCAAGGUUCCCUCAACGCCCUGGUCCCAGGAGAAGACAUUCUUUUGGAGAAGAAGAGCUUGCAUAUCUUCCCCACAAAAGGAGAGACUUGAUCGUGGAUGAUGAAAACAUCGACUUGUAUGUUUCUACAGAAGCCAAUGGUGAAGCCACGGAUGAUUCUUUUAAGGAGGGAAAAAAGAACCGAAAGCAUGGACUGCUAAAUUGGUUCAAGUUGCGGCAGAAACGAGAUAAUGGCUUCGCCACAUUGACAAGCACAGAUGGUGAUAAAUCAAGUGGGACGAAAUCAAUUACUGCACCUUCAACUCCUCGGGCAGAAAGCAUUAGUUGUCCCACAGAACAUAGAAUUUCUAAUUCUUUAAUUACUGAAAGUACUCAUGCUGAUAUUUUGUUGGAGGCUGGACAAGAUAGAGAAGUUUGUAAUGUUACUUUUUCUGGACAAGAGACACUUCUGACCAGCAUAAAAACAAUGGACCAGAUUGAUCUAUUAAGAGAACAACAAAAGAUCUUGUCUGGAGAGGUGGCACUUCACCAAAGUGCCUUAAAACGCUUAUCAGAAGAGGCUUCUAACAACCCUAAGAAGGAACAGAUCCAUGUGGAUAUGCAAAAGCUAAAUGAUGAAAUCAAGGUGAAGAACCAACAAAUAGCUUCCCUUGAAAAGCAGAUAGCUGUUUCCAUCAUGGCAUCUCAAAACAAGAUGGACACCUUGGAGCUGUCACAGUCUUUUGCUGAAGUGGUGGCUCAAUUGAAUGAGAAGUCCUUUGAACUUGAGGUGAAGGUUGCAGAUAACAGGAUAAUUCAAGAGCAGCUUAAUCAGAAGAUCUGUGAGUGUGAAGGAUUACAGGAAACAAUUGCUUCCUUGAGACAACAGCUGUCUGAAGCAUUGGAGCCAAGGAAUUCCAGUCCAGUGACAGCACAUUCACAACAUUAUGCUGAAGGGAGAAGCUUCCAAGAAGAAUUUGGUCUAAAAAAAAUAAAUGCAGUUUUGAGAGAUGCUAAAGAAGACUUGCUGCUACAGUCACAGGCAAACGAAGCUGAAGAACUGAAGAAGAAAGUGGCUGAAUUAACAGAAACGAAGGAACAACUUGAAAUCAGAAACCAGAAGCUGGCAGAAGAGAGCUCCUAUGCCAAAGGGUUGGCAUCUGCUGCAGCCGUGGAGCUAAAGGCGUUAACAGAAGAAGUUGCCAAGCUCAUGAACCAUAAUGAAAGACUAACUGCUGACUUGACUGCACUGAAAAAUUCCCCUGCCCAGCGGAAAUCCACUGGCGCGGCUCAAAAUGGAAAAAGGAAUGUGCAUAUCAAGAGACAUGAUCAAGGGGGAUCAACCGCUGACAUCAAGAGAGAACUUGCCAUGAGUCGAGAGAGAGAAUUGUCAUAUGAAGCUGCUCUAAUGGAAAAGGAUCGAAAAGAGGCAGAGCUUCAGAAGAAGGUAGAGGAGUCCAAACAAAGAGAAGCUUAUCUCGAAAAUGAACUUGCAAACAUGUGGGUUAUGGUGGCAAAGCUGAAAAAAUCCUAUGGAGUGGAGAAUGAUGAGCAUACAUCUUUGAAUGAUUCAACAGCUCCGACAAGAUUAAAAUAAAAGAUUGUUUCAGUACCAUGUGUAAGUGAAGAAGAAAAAGAGAAAAAGAGAAAAAGAAAAGGGAAAAACUAGAAAGUUUCUCUGAUUGCAAAUUGUGGUUAUUCCGUUUUAAUACAUCUCUCCAGCUAUUUUUGUAAUGUUGGGCGGCUCUAUUUUUAAGGUGAUUCUUUCGCUCUCA